AUGUUCUUCAAGUCAUUCCGGAACUCGGCCAUGGUCAGGCGGCUGGUGCUGUAUGGCCUAUCCAAGUUGGAUCUGUUCGAGGAGCAUGCUCUCGACCUCGAGAACUUCGAACUUGCUUGGGGUCGGAACACUGUCAUCGAGUUCAAGGAUGUUGGGAUGAAGGUCCAGAAACUCGCGAAAGUCUUGAACCUUCCAGCCUCCUUUACCAUCGAGAAAGCCAAAGUGCUUAUACUUCGAGUGACAAUACCUGUGGACUUCUACACCAGCGCCAUCACAGCAGAAGUGGAUGGCGUUGAGGUCAGACUUAAAGUCUCAUCCCAAGAAGGGCCCAAGUCCGAGGCAAAGAAGGGGAAACAGCAUUCGUCUGAGGAUACCGAAAUCAUACCGAAUGCCGGCGAUCUCGCCCAGUCUUUCCUACAGACACAACCGUCAAGGGACAGGAAGGAGCUCGAGGAUGCCCUUGCAGCAGAGACGCAAGACCUGGGUGCAUCGAUUGCUAUGAGCGAAGAUGGGAGCGAUGACGGCCUGGCGUAUGGAACAGGCCAGGAGCUGUCGCUCCCUGCAUUCCUCACCGACUUCCUAUAUGGCAUCGCGGAUCGCUUUCAACUCAGGAUAAGGGACGUCACUUUUCAGUUGGAUAUCGAGGUGCCGGUAGAACCCAAUAGCACAAACGGCGACCUCGUUACUUUCCAGCUAGCUGUCGAGAGUAUUGAUGUCGAGGGCGUUACUUUGCAGGAGCAAGCCGAGGACGGCACACCUAGAAUCAUUCCCAAGGAGGGCAAGCGGAAUGUCUCCCUCAACAAGAUUCGGGCCUUUUUAAUUUCUGAGGCCAAUGUGUUCACAUCCUUGGCUAGGUCGCCCUCUGUACCAUCAUCCUCUACUUCUCACUCCCCUGUCUUAUCUGAGAGGCAACCGCCAUCAAGAGAACCUUCUUUCAUGGCGCAGAGCAUGUAUGGUGGAUCCAUGGCAGACUCGGACGAUCUAUCCCAGAGCUCAUACCCACUGCAAGAUAGCGAGGACGCUUUCAAUAUUCCGUACGAAAUGGAUGAAACCAACCUGGAGAACGAAGAUGAGCAACCCCUAUCUUCGUUCUCUACCCCCAGAGCAUCUGUAUAUCAAGAUUUCGCGGGCCAUUACGAGGGACCACAUGCACAGUCUGCCGUGAUCGGAGACGAGGAGCCCCUAUGGCAGUCGAUGGAACGAGAAGCUCAAUCCGAACCGGCAUUACCGUACCGCGACCGUGAACCGCAGGACUCACCUUUACGGCCUGAUCAACUUCAAAGCUCUCGCUCGUCAACGUCCUCCAGUGGUGGGUCGGGGCCAGCUCCUGCCGAAGACCUAACUCUGUCGCACGUCUAUAGUCACGAAGAGGCUGAGAUCUCCCUCGAACCGUUGGAGAUUCGAUUCGAAGCAUCGAUUGGGUUUCUUUUAAGCAUUGUUGUCUCAAAACUUUUAGAGAGCCUGAAACCCCAGAGCACUACUGGCGAAAAGGAGAAGGAGACCGCGACUUCCAAUAUAUCCACCUCGACCAUGCCCGAACUCAAAGUCUCGGCUAAGCAAAUCUCAAUCUUAUUCUUGGAAAAAUUGGCUGGUGUCGCCGAUACGCCUGAGCGAAUAUUUAGUUCCGGAAAUAUCAAUUUUGGGCCCGACGUUCUCCUGAGAACAGUAAUUGACAAUCUAAGUGCAUCAGUAACUCAGUCAGGAGGUGUGAAAGACACAUCUGUGGACAUCGAGAAGUUUCGGUUUGGGUAUGCUGAUAGCGACAUCCUGUCUUUCGAUCGCCGUAUCCAGAUGCGCGCUUCUGUCAGAGACGCUUUCCCUACUGCCGGUGCGGAUCUGUCAUUCAAAGUAUCGCAGUCCGAAGCAACGACCAGGUGCAACGUGACCACUUUGCCACUACGCGUACAUGUGGACUUGCAACGACUCGACGAGACCUUUAGCUGGUUUGGCGGCUUAAGCAGUUUCCUACAAAUGGGCUCCUCUAUAACCUCCAAUGCACCACAAAAACCCAAGUCACCUGUACAACCUGCAAAACCGCGAGGUGUGCGUUUCGAUGCACCAAUAAAUCCGGAAGACCGUUCAGCUACAUCAGAAAACAAAAUUGAUUUAAGAGUCGGUGGCUUCCAGCUCGAACUAGCUGGGAGGGACUGUGGCGUGUCUUUGCACACCAGCGCCGUCAAGUUAGUCAGUCGAGAAGAAGGCGUUGGGAUAGGUAUCAGUAAGAUCAAUCUAUCUGGCCCGUACCGCAGAAAUUACCGAGGAGAUGCACCAAUCAACGUCGAAGUCACAGACACCCGUCUCGAGUACCUCAUGACACCCAAAGACAAGGAUCUUGACAGACUUCUAGCUCUCAUCACUCCAUCGAAAGGAAAGUUUGAUGAAAAUGACGAUGAGAUCAUGGUCGACACCCUUCUACGGCAAAGGAGAAAAGGGGCCGUAUUGCGAAUCAAAUUCGACAAUGUAAGCGGACGACUCAUCAAACUCCAACAGCUCGAUUGUCUGCCAGGGCUCGCAGAAGAGGUUGCGCGCCUUGGAACUGUUGCGAAGUAUCUCCCGGAGGAUGACCGACCCGGCCUUCUUACUCUCGGGCUUGUUCGGACAUUCAAUCUAUCCGUGGAUAUUGGCGGUAGAUUUGGAGUGGUUAAUGCGUUUUCAAGUGAAUUUGAGCUUGCGCAGAUUACGGUUCCUUCGCUGAUUGCAUUUGGAGUACAAUCAAUUUCAGUCAACCGCAAUAAGAUUGAAGAGUUGGUUAGUACGUCGAAUUAUUCCAGCACGGGGCUUUUAAAUCAGACUCCUGUACUCAUGGUACGGAUGAUUGGAGACGAAAUCGAGCCUGUCAUCAAGGUGAAAAUGAGCAACUUGAACGUCGAAUACCGAGUACCUACAGUCAUGGACAUAUUAGGACUCGCUGAAGAUGCUACACCUCAGGACUUCGAGGCUAGUCUGGCAGCCUCGGUCGCGAAUUUGGGCGAACAGGCACAUACUGCUUUGACAGGGAAGCAAUCUCAAGUGACUAAAGAGCUAUCGAAAGCCAAGACCUCUUCAGGUAAACCUACGAGCGUUGAUUUAGGCUUCCGAGAUUGCCUCAUUGGACUUAAUCCCCUCGGCCAGACAUCCAAGCUUCUGCUGGUUCUAACAGAUGCCCGGCUGGAUGUCACACUGCCAAAGGAUGAGAAUGUCAACGCUGUGGGUCAUCUCAAAAAGGCUUCAAUUCUGUUGAUCGAUGACGUAUCCCUUGCCGAGUCGAAACAAGAAUCAGAUCUGCCAAGGCAUAGAACUUCUGAUGCUCAGAGACCAGCAGAUCUGAUCUCUAGUCUUACUUCUAAGGGCUACGUCAAUAUCUGCCAGAUAUCUUCCGCAAGGGCCGUGGUGCAAGUUGUCAGCAAUGAUCACGGUGACAAGCAUAUUGACGUGGAACUCCGUGAUGAUCUCUUGGUGCUGGAGACUUGCGCCGAUUCAACUCAAACACUGAUAUCAUUAGCCAAUGCUCUAAAGCCGCCUACUCCCCCUAGUAAGGAAGUCAAGUAUAAGACCGAGGUCAUGCCUGUCCAAGAUCUACUCGCCUCGAUAACCGCUGAUGCAUUUGGGAAAGCUGAAGGCGACUAUGAUUUCGAUAAUGACUUCGCUAUUGCGCAAGAGUUAGGCGGUGACGAAGACUCCUUCGAGAUUGAGGACGACAGUCCAGCGAACCUGUCUGUUGACUCACAGUUCUACCAAGAGGAGCCUGCAGUGGCGGAGAAUCUGUUCGACGCCACUUCCUCGUCCAUAAUAUCUCAGCAGACUACCACGCAAGACACCAAUGACGGUGUCUUGUUGACAAAUUUCAAUAGUAGUGCUGGAAUAGAAGAUGAUGGAUCCGACCUAGAUAUCCAGGAGAACUACUUCGGAACCGGCUCGGUGCUUGAGGGAACAGCUCAUCGAUGGAACUCGGCCAAGAAUGCGUAUGACAGCUCCAACGAUAAAAAGAUACGCAAGAGCCCGUUGAAAGUCUGCGUUCGUGAUAUGCACAUCAUCUGGCAUCUUUUCGAUGGUUAUGAUUGGCAGCAAACCAGAGAUGUCAUUACGAAGACUGUCCAAGAAGUUGAGAUUAAGGCACAUGAGAGACGUGUCCGUGGUGAUAGAAGGCAAUCCUUCGAGCAAGAAUUCGAGGAAGAGGAGACAGUCAUUGGGGACUUCCUUUUCAAUUCGAUUUACAUCGGCAUCCCAGCCAAUCAUGAUCCAAGGGAGCUCACUCAGGCCAUCAACCAGCAGCUAGAUAGGCGGUCGGAUACCGAAUCCAUUGCCACAACAGCUGUCACGGCUACGCCAAGCCGUGCUGGAGGCGGUUUCCGAUCAAGGGCAAAGAAAUUGAGACUCAAUAGAAGUCGACAACACAAGAUCACUUUCGAGCUCCAAGGUGUCAAUGUUGAUCUUGUUACUUUCCCUCCGGAAUCUGGGGAGACAGAGGCAUCUAUUGAUGUCCGUGUUCGGAAUUUCGAAAUCUUGGACAAUGUGCCAACCUCGACCUGGAGGAAAUUCGCGACGUACGAUCAAGAUGCCGGCGAGAGAGAAAUGGGCACUAGCAUGCUACAUUUAGAGAUCCUAAACACACGACCAGUGCGAGAACUUGCAGCUUCUGAUAUCGUGCUAAGAGUCACUGUCCUGCCUCUACGCUUGCAUGUUGAUCAAGACGCACUUGAUUUCAUUACGCGAUUUUUCGAGUUCAAGGAUGACAGCACUCCGGCGCAUACCUCCCCAAGCGACGUGCCGUUUAUUCAAAGAGCGGAAGUCAACUCAAUUCCUGUUCAACUUGACUUCAAGCCCAAGCGGGUAGAUUACGCGGGUCUCCGUUCAGGCCAUACAACGGAGUUCAUGAAUUUCUUGAUUUUGGACGGCUCACGGAUGGUACUCCGUCACACCAUCAUCUAUGGCGUUUCCGGCUUCGACAGGCUGGGGAAGACACUCAAUGACAUCUGGAUGCCCGAUGUGAAACGCACGCAACUUCCAGGAGUUCUUGCUGGCCUGGCACCUGUCCGGUCUCUUGUCAAUGUUGGCAGUGGCUUCCGAGACCUUGUCGAAAUCCCUAUCCGGGAGUACAAGCGCGAUGGUCGCAUCGUCCGUAGUAUUGGACGGGGUGCCGCCGCUUUUGCUAAGACCACCGGCACGGAAAUUGUCAAGCUUGGAGCUAAAGUUGCUGUGGGAACGCAAUACGUGCUGCAAGGUGCCGAAGGCUUGCUUGUCAAGAAUCCACAGGGCGAGCCGACCUCUAUCACUUCAGGCUGGGAGGAGGAGGACAUGGAGCCUGAGGAGAGAAAGCAGAUCAGUCUCUAUGCAGACCAGCCAACGGGCGUGGUGCAGGGACUGCGUCAUGCGUACUCGAGUCUAGCUAGAGAUCUGAACGUGGCGAGAGAUGCUAUCAUUGCGGUGCCCGCAGAAGUCAUGGAGAGCCAGAGUGCUCAGGGGGCAGCAAAGGCGGUGCUGAAGAGAGCGCCGACGAUCAUCUUCCGACCUGCAAUUGGAGCUACAAAGGCUAUCGGGCAGACCCUUAUGGGUGCGACGAACGCACUGGAUCCGCAGAAUAUUCGACGAAUGGAAGACAAAUACAAGUCAGGUCCAGGACGAUGA